GUUAAUCAAAAUACAAACACAUCACAUUGUACGGCGCGGAUCGUGAAAAAUUUUUUUCGGGAAAAAGGUUCUUAAAAUCGAUUCAUUGAAUCACGUUUCUAUCGUUCAAAAUACGAGGAUUAUUUCGUCCGAUUCGACGAGACACCGAGUUAGUGGUUCCGGUUUGAUUCGAAGUGUUGGUGCGUGAGGCGUGUCGCGUUCGGAGUGUUCCUUCCAUAUCGUAAGUUCGUUUUUCGACAAAAGAGCCACCCAACCUUGUCGAAAUGGCAACCGAAUCGGCGUUUAAGCCCGGAAACUGGCGAGAUACGAUAGCGGAUCGUUUACGUGAAAGAAAUAGAAAUGAAACAUCCCGAUAUGCCGACAUCAUUGCAUAUAAUCAUCGUCUAUUUGAUACGGCAGCCAAGCUUAGGCAGGAGAAUUUGGAACUCAAAAUCGACAAAAAGAUUCGCGAUAGUACCGGGAGCGGUGCUACAGCCGGUGGCGAUCUGGCUGCCAUCACCAAUGCCCAGAUCCAAUCGUUGGAAAAGAAAAUACUCGCUCAGCAGGAAGAGCUAACCGAUUUGCACAAACGCAAGGGUGAACAUUCGCAGAUGGUCAUCACUUUGAACCAGAAGCUAACCGAGCUUCAGCGCACCCUGACGGAGAAGGAACGGGCCCUGGUGGAGCAGUGCGCCAUGAAUGUGUCGCUGCGAGAUGAGCUAGAGGAGCUCAAAACGGCACACAUCACAAUCAAGGAUGAAUCGCUAGCCUCGCAGUUGCGGGCCAAUACAGCUGAAGAGAAACUGCGAACCGUCCAGGACGAGAACAAUAAACUGCUUAAUCUUUUGAUGGAGUACAAAUCAAGGGAUGCAGAAAUAAUGAAUAAGGAGAAUGAUAAGUUUUUUAAAGAGAAAAAAGCCCGCAUUGAAAGCGAAUUGGAAAGAGCUAUCCGCGAUAUUCCGGGGCCAUCCGGAAUGGGGGGCAUAGGGGAAAUUGAUAGGUUCGAUUUUGUUAACGAUGGGCUGCCUGAGGGUAUAGAAUUUAAGUUUGAUGCCCACGAUGGGGAAGUACAUGCCGUGCGUUGGAGUCCCAUCGAAAGGGUUGUGGCAACGGGCGGUGCUGACCGGAAAGUUAAGCUGUGGGAUGUGGGCAAGGGUAUUUGUGAAGCACGUGGAUCUCUGAUUGGUAGUAAUCAGGCGGUCAAUUCUCUGGAGUUCGAUUCCACCGGCUCGUUAAUAUUGGCUGCAUCGAAUGACUUCGCUAGCCGCGUUUGGACCAUGUCGGACCAACGUUUAAGGCACACAUUAACUGGCCAUAGUGGAAAGGUUCUGGCGGCGAAGUUUUUGGGAUCCGCGUUUCUCGUUACCGGCAGCCACGAUCGAACACUUAAAAUCUGGGACCUUAAAAACCGAUCAUGCACGGAAACCAAGUUCGCCGGCUCCAGCUGCAACGAUCUGGUGACGACCGACAGCUUCUCGAUCAUCAGUGGCCAUUUCGACCGGAAGAUCCGCUUCUGGGACACCCGGACGGCCGACUGCACCGCCAACGAUGUGCAGUUGCAGGGCAAAAUCACCUCCCUGGAUCUGAGCAAGGACGGAAAAUUUCUGCUGUGCUGCGUCCGGGACGACACGAUCAACCUGCUGGAUCUGCGCCAGAACAAGAUCAUGCGAACGUUCCGAAACGAUAACUUUAAGGUCAGCUGUGAUUGGGCCCGGGUAGCGUUUAGUCCUUCGUGUCAAAGGGUAACGGCCGGAUCGGCCGAUGGUUCCGUCUUCAUCUGGAAUGUUAACGGACCACUGGAAACGGUACUAAAGGAUCCCAAUGGAAGUGGCGCUUCAGUGACGGCCGUCAGUUGGCACCCCUUCAGUUCCGUCCUGGCUUCGGUUGAUCGGUCCAAAAAGUGCACUAUCUGGUCCUCGGCUGGGACGGCUUGAUCGAACUGGCCUAACGGAAACCGCCAUCUUUAGACCAGCGAGCUGCCGAGCGAUCGAACGACCUUGAGAGGUCCAAAAGCGUGAAAUGAUCACCAUACCUUCUUCUUACUAAACAUUAACGUACGGCACCGAAACGGAGACAAAUUGACAGGGAAAAACCCCCGUGUUAAAGUAAGUUUUUUUUUCUACCGCUCUUGUUGAAGUUUGGACCGGCAAUCUCCAUCUAAGACAGAAAGAAUCCGCUAGACCGCGCAGAUCAAUUGUGUAUCAUACUUUGUGAAUAGGAACAAAAAUUAAAUGGAAGAAACAAAAAAUAACAGUAGAAUUUUCGUUGAUCGUUUCGAGGGGUAUGACUGUGUGCGUGUGUAUCUUUGUACAGACUGAAUUGUUAUUUUUCUAUACGCAUUUUAUUGAUCAACGUAGUUGUUUUUGUCCAGGUACUUUGUCCCUAGAGAUAGUUUUUACUCGGCCAGUUGAGCCAAUUUCCUCCGCUUUUUGUUGUGUUGUUUUUUUAUUACUUUCUAUAUACAAAAGUUAGGGAAAUCCACUCGACUAUCCAGAGAAAGAGAAUGAAAGUUGUAAUGACAUCAUCGAAACCAGACAGAAAAAAUACAGUUUUUGCGUAAUCGUUUGUCAAA